CCAACUCUGGCUGCUGAACUGUCUCACGUAAGCAACAGGCGGAAGUGUCAACUUUAGCAGUAGGAAAUGAAACAAACACUAAACUUUUAGGCCUGGGAGGCUCCCUGUGACGCGCGUGCGCAGUGGCCAUGUGAGCUCUUCCCACAGCAAAGAAUCGACCCAUUGUGACAACAGCGGAGGACGCGCGCGCAGCUGUUUACAUAAAGUGUACUAGCGUCCCAUGACGUCACGCAUCCAGAGAACGGCAUUUAACAGCAUUGUCCACAAACGAGGCGAAGACAAUUGUGAUUCAUUUCGGUCAUCAUCCGACCUAACGGGAGCAGUUUUCUGCUCCUUCUUUCGGGACACAUGAAGUUUUUUGUGCAAGCUGUGCUCAGAAGAAACGUGGACAGAAACAGGAAGUUAGGCAACAAUUCUAAAGACGUCGAACAGAGAGCGACUGCUAGGCGAUGAACUGUGAAAGGAAGAGGAGCGGCUUCCAGAUCACCAGUGUGACUUCAGACUCAGGUCAUACCUUGAAAUCCGGCCAACCAGCUCCUGGCAUGAUCCUGACUGUUAUCCAAUCAACAGUCACCUCCAGCAGUCCAGGGGGGAGCUCUUCCCAGCCCACCACACCCUCCCUGAAGAGGAAAUACAUAUCCCAUGAUGCCUUAGUGCAGGGUAGCUCAUCGUCCAGGUUCAGACUGGUGCGGUUGGCAGGAGGUGGUCCUAGCAGCCGAGGACACGGCGACACAUAUCGGCGUGGCCGAUGGAUGUGCACAGACUUGGCGGAGCAUCUGCAAGGGGCGAGGUUGAAGCCAGUCGUGGACAGCAUUAGACAUGCCCACUCGCUAGAGUCGCUGGAGUCGAUUAGUCGGGAAUCAGGAAGAGGAGGAGUCCAUUUACAACGCCAGCAAGUCAGAGGCGAGGAGGGUGUGAGGCUAUUGGUGCACGAUGGGCCGGCUCCAAUCAAGGUCCAACUUUCGGAAGAUAAUAUUUCAAAGUCAACCCCCUCUCCUCCGCAGCGUGUACGAAACCUCCUUCCUCCAUUAGAACUCUCCAAUCAGUCUGUCCUAAGGUUGUCUCGCUCUCAGCCAAGCUCGCCUCCUGCUGGAACCUUCCAUCUGACGCCCAUUCAGGCUCCAGCAGCCUUUGGUCUCGACCAGAGCAUCUUCAGCCUGUCGACAGACAUCAGUAGUUGCAGCAGUAGUGUGGUUGCCAUUGACAACAAGAUUCAACAGGCAAUGGACCUGGUGAAGAGUCACCUGAUGCUGGCCGUGCGGGAGGAAGUGGAACUUAUGAGGGAGCAAAUCAAAGAGCUGCAAGAGAAGAACCAGCACCUGGAGGCAGAGAACCACAUUCUGCGUACAAACACGCACGCACACUUGGACCCCGUCACCACGCUAACAGGCAGACAAGAUGGACAGAUGGACAAUCUUCCUUCUAACGAGGGGGCGCUAUAGGGACUUCACGACUACAAGACCCCGGAUGUUUCUGUCGAAUAAACAACAGCAAUUAAUUUAAUUGAUCUCUGACAAUUUUGGGGCCAGAAAAUGUUGAACUUUACUUACUCUGAAAUAAGUAAGUAACUCCAGGGAAAAAAUGAAUUUUUUUGGCAAUGUCAGAAAUAGAGAAUUAAUGUUUUCAUCUUAAAGUAGUUUGAUGCUAAAAUGGUUCGAAUCAUGUUGGAAGGAGUAGUGCAUACAAAAAAACGAUGCCGAAUAUUAUCUAAAAGAUUUUGCCAAAUAGUCAGCAUUCACAAUGAUUACAGAAAUGUAUUUUUCCUAUAUUAGGUUAUUAUAAAUACUAAUCUUGUGGCAGCACUGUGGUAACUAAAACCUAUCUCCCAAAACACA